AACCCUGUGAGGCCAACCUCACCAGAAGUUUCCAUAAAGAGACCUGCAGGAGGCAUGAUCCAGAACCUGCAAGAAGACAUCACCUGCUCCAUUUGCCUGGAGUCCUUUGAUGACCCUGUCUCCAUCGACUGUGGGCACAACUUUUGCAGGCUCUGCCUGUCUGCCCACUGGAGUGGGACCUCCCAUAGCGGGUACCGCUGCCCCGAAUGCCGCUACCCAUGCAGUCGUGAAAGGAUGAAGCCAGACACUCGUCUGCGGAGCCUGGUGGAAAAGAUUGGACAGAUCCCACUGCAGGAGGGAGUGAAUAAGGAACUGGAAAGGCCAGCAACUCCAUUGCCAGUGGGCCAGCCUGUGCAACUGGUGGGUCUGGAUGAGAACGGGGAGCUCUGCCUGAAUGAGGAGGCCCUGAGCUGCUGCUUGGAGCAGGGAGAGGUGAAGGACUCCCCUAUCUGCUUGAUUACCAUCCUUGGGGAGCAACGCCGUGGCAAAUCCUUCCUGCUGAACUUCCUUCUUCGGAGGUUUCGAAACUUGGCAGCUGAGGAUGACUCAUGGAUGGGUCAGGAAGAUGAGCCACUGACUGGAUUUGAGUGGCGACCAGGACCAGAUACUACCACAAAAGGCGUGUGGCUAUGGAGCCAGCCAUUUUGGGUCUCCACUGAGCAAGGAAAGGUGGCCAUCUUCUUGAUGGACACUGAGGGCUCAAUGGAUCUGCAGAGGAGCAAGGAAGUUGGUGUCAAGCUCUCUGCAUUCUCCAUACUGCUCAGCUCCUAUCAGAUAUUCAAUUUGGCCAACAUGAUGAAGGACACAGAUCUGGAAUACCUGGAAAUGUUCGUGCAUGUCGCUGAGACAGUGGGGCGGGUUGGCAGUUUGAAGCCCAUUCAGCAUCUUGAUCUCCUGGUGCGUGACUGGUACUUUCCACCCAACCAUGGACUCCAGGGCGGGCAGAACUACCUCCGAGAGGUCAUACAGAAAUUGGAAAAUGAUCCCCAAAGGCACCCACGAUCCCUGGCAACCCUCAAAAGCCCCAGCACCCGCUGUUACCUGAUGCCCUUCCCUGGCAAGCAAUUGGUGGUGGGAAGUGAAGGCACCUUAGCAGACAUGGAUGAUGAUUUUAGGGAGUGCCUGAAGGAUUAUGGGAAUUCCAUAGCUCAAUCAGCUGGGAUGCAUCUAAAGAAAAGCAAGGAGGGGAGAGCCCUCAUGGGUUCAGAGCUUGCAGCCAAGAUAAAGAAUUUCUCGGCUCUCAUGAAGCAGCACCAGUUUGGCUUCUCCUCUGCCAUGCAGAUGGCCAUCACCAUACACAACCUGGAAACCCACGAAACCCUGCAGAAGGAAUUUACAGAGUUCCUUAAAGAGCAGGAGCAGCUCUCACGGCCCAUGUUGAAAGGCCUGAAAGUGACCCCCAGUUCCAUGACCCGGCGCAUCCUGGAGAAGCAGCGGGAGCUGGUCCAGCGGUGUGAGAGGCUGCUGCAGGGUGGGGAGCCGUAUCGGAUUGAUUCCGUGCUGCACCUGGAGGCCUCCCUGCAGAGCAACCAGAAAGACUUCCUGGAGGACUACAGCCGCCGCUACAAAUCACACGCCCUCAUGGCAGGGGCAGCCAUCGGGGUGGGUGCUGUGGGGCUGGCUGGUGGGGCCAUUGGGGCCGGGGUGGCCGGCGCCAUCCUGGCCGCGGAAGCCAUUGCACUGGGCACAAGUACUGCUGCCACGUUCGCCAUUGGGACCGUGGCUGGGGCUGGCACCUUUGCCCUUUUUGGGGGAGGCGUAGGGGCAACUGUGGGAAGAAGAAUAGGGGAACACCAGGCCCGGGAGGCCGAGGGCAUGUCUGACAGUGAUGCUGAGGCCGAGGAGACAGAGGAUGACCCAUCAGAGGAGAGGUGCCUCAUCGGCCCGGAUGACACACACUAGAGUUGACUGAGGGGCUGCUUCUGCCACUGUGGCAAGUCACGGGAAAAUAACUGUUGUCUGCUCCCGUUCUAUUGUCAUGCAGGCAUGAAUCCCAGGGGCAGGGGGCCAGUCUCACAUUCUGUUCUGUUCCUCAAAGGGGUUGGCUAUAGGAGAGCAAAAUGACCUGCACCCCACAGCUCACCGCUGUCAGAAUAUGGGCUUGCUGAUGAAGAGUGACAGCUUUGCAGUCUGGCCUUCUGAUGCUAGGCAAUAUGCUGUCCCCAGUGGUAACAAAGGGGUAGUGCAUCCUUCUUGGUCUUUCUCAGGGUGAUACAUAGCCCAGGAGAUCAAGUCCCUGGAGGAUCCUAACCCUUUUCCCCAACAACUGCCCUGAGAUACCAAGCAGAGAGGAAGGAAUGAGGAAUUAGGAUCCUGCAUCCACAGUCAGCAGCAACCAGGGAUAGCAAACCAGACAGCAUUGCUUUUGCUGUGCCUUUGGCCUUGCAGGGCAUUGUAGGGCCAGCACAAAGCAAUACAUGGGGUGGGGGGAUGUUGUGUCUUUAAGAGGAUUCUUUACUUCAGCUUUGCUUACAUGCAGCAAAGCAGUGAUCUGGGGAACUGAAGCAUUGGAAGUUCUCCCACCGCACAUGCGCGCGCGCGCGCGCGCACACACACACACACACAAUUCUUUUUGGCUUUUUAUUUGAGUAGGUCAGUUCAAAUGUGACCAUCUUUCAUGGGGUUAAUUCAGGGGUAGGGAAGCUGUGGCCUUCUAGAUAUUCUGGUUGACAACUCCCAUCAGUCCCAGCCAGUAAAAAUGUUGGAGUGAUAGGGGACUCCCCAUAACAUCUCGGGGCGGAGGAGUCGCAAGGUGCCCAUGCUUGGGCUUGAUUCAGUGCUCUCUCAGUUCAGUCUCUCAGGUGUACAAUAAGGGCUAAUUUAGGGAUGCAGUUCCCAAUGCAACUGGACUGCAGGAAGCGCUGCUGGGAAAUUUGCAUUGCUUUAUGGGGACAAAGCCUCUCCUUGCAUCCUCAGGGAAGUGUGUCCUUGCAUCCACAGUAGUGUUUGACAUGUCCAGAAACCAGACAAGACAUCUCCUGGGAGGCUUUGCUGUCAGAAGGAUGCGUGUUCCCUGCUUUAUAUCCAAGUGCCUUGGCUUUGAUGGUUGUUUACAACUUGCUUUUGCCUGCCUGGCCUCUCUUGGAAAUACAUUUAUUUAUUUCACA